AGAGAGAGAGAGGGAGGGAAGGAGAGAGGGGGAAGCUCUCCCUUUUAGUCCUCAAGGCUUCACAAGUCUCUGCAGGUGCUUUGAUUGCUAAAGGGGAGACGUUGCUUUCAAAUUGAUGUGUCAAAUCUAAGACUGUGGCAAAUAUCAUCAGAACAGAUCAAAUGCCAUCAUUGAAAAUGAAGACAAACCUAAGUGGGGGCUCUUUAGGGGAAAGAAGUCUUGGUGUGUGUCAGACGUCCAGUGUUAUAUGCAAGAAAUCAUGCGCUAAUGUCCACACGGUUUCUCCUUUAUCAGAGGCUGAUCUUUGUAUUCAGAAAUGUCAAGAUGAUUGCGCAGUUUCAUCGAGUGAGGAGAUGCAUUCUCCGGAAACCGAUGGUGUUGAAGUCCCUGAUCAGCAAAAACUGUCACAUCAAGGGAACUCCCAUUUUCAGACAUAUGAUUCUAGUAUAGAUUCUGGAACCAUUGUGAAGAUGGAUUCUACACAUAGCUGCACAGCUGACUUGGAAACCAUUUUUUCCCCGGCUUUGGAACCCAUUUGUAUAUACAACAUGCCCAACAUAGACGAGAAUCCAGGAGGCAAAAGUAAUCUUAUCUUUUCAGGGUUGGGAAUUGAUGGAAGGGAUAGUCAUAUAAGAUUAUCUGAUUAUCAGAGCUGCAACAUCUCAGAUUUCUCUAUCUCCGAAAUGAUUAUCUCUAGCCUACCAUAUGAUGGGAAUGCAAUAGAUAGUCAUCUCUAUGAGAGUGAAGCUUUUCCUGAUUACAGAUGUGCUGAGCCAAGUAUGUUGUUUGAUAUGGCUCAGGAGUGCUUGAUACUCCCUUUUCUUGAGGAUACAGCCAAAUUGACAAACUCCAAUGAUCUGAAAUCAGGUGAAGAGGCCAUUGAAGGUGGUCCUGAUGAUGCUGACUUAUAUACAGCUAUCAGCCAGAUAAGAACCUAUAACCAGGAAUGUGAUCCUAUCGCCAACUCUGAUCAGGCAGAUGAUUUUGAUCCCCAGUUCUUUAUCAGAACUCUACCUGAAUUAUCAGAAGUUGUAUCAAAUUUUCAAACAAGCAUGUUCCCGAAAGAUACUCAAAGGAGGAAGUCAAUAACAUUAGUACUCGACUUGGAUGAAACACUUGUUCACUCUACAUUGGAACAUUGUGUGGAUGCCGACUUCACUUUCACCGUGUUCUUCAACAUGAAAGAGCACACUGUAUUUGUGAAGAAGAGGCCUCACCUACAUACGUUCCUGGAGACAGUUGCUGAGAUGUUUGAGAUUGUCGUCUUUACUGCAAGCCAAAGCAUAUAUGCAGAACAACUUUUGGACAUACUGGAUGCUGAAAAGAAACUCAUAUCUCGCCGGAUUUAUCGGGAGUCAUGCAUAUUUUCAGAUGGCACCUAUACGAAAGAUUUGACAGUGUUAGGUGUUGAUCUUGCCAAAAUUGCCAUAAUUGAUAAUUCUCCACAGGUUUUCAGGUUGCAAGUAAAUAAUGGGAUUCCUAUUAAGAGUUGGUUUAGUGAUUCUUCAGAUCGUGCUUUACUAUCAUUACUGCCCUUCUUAGAGACCUUGGCUGAUGCUGAUGAUGUCCGCCCAAUAAUUGCAAGGAGAUUCGGUAACAAGGAAUAAGAGUUAUCUUUCCUUAAUAGCUUGGAUAUUGUGCAUUACCCUUAGUUUCUCUUCUUUCCGUCAAAUUGGGUCUCUAAUAUUAGAUGGUCAAUCUCUUCUCUUUCUAGUAUGUUCAAAUAAGUAACUAUAGAAUAAGAUAGAGUUUGUUUUGUUGUCGAUCCAGCCUUGCUUGUUUCUUCUCUUUCUUUGGGCCAACAGGUCCUUUCAGGUAAUCAUCGUCUAGUUCUUCAAAAGGCAGUCGUAGGGAGUAUCCUGUUUUGUUGUACAGUUGAAGUUUCAAUUUAUAGAGAAGGUGAACAUUCACGUCAAAGAAAAGUUUCCUACUUUGCGCUCUCUUCGUUGGUGGUGGCCUACAAUUCUAUAUCGAGGUCUCCGUUGCUUCUUUUUAGUUGUAUGAUAGUUGAUUUACAUUGAAGCCAGUUAAGCCUUAGAACUUCAAUGCUAGCAAAAUAGCAUGAUUCCCUCUAUGGGGAUGUAUUAGCAUGAUUCCCUCUAUGGGGAUGUAUAGCAGCAAUCAAUAACCCGGUUGAGUGUAGUAGUUCAUGAACCUAAAAACUGUUAAGAUGGUCGGGGUGCUUUGUCUUGCUGCCAUUUGCAUCUACAUUUGGAAUAUGAGUUAGCUUUCUUAACAUGGAUGAUAAAUUGCUCAAAACAUAGAAUUUUGACGUCUUCUAGAACAUUUAUGCUAAAGGUGUUUGCUGAACAAAGGAGUUUGGAGUCUAUGAUUUGCUUUUGAAAUGGGGGGAUUCUAAGAACUUGCUAGUGAUGAAAUUAUUACUGAAAUAGCGUCUUUCCCCCCUUUCCUUUUUUACACUGUGGCUGCGUAAUGGUGCCUUCUCUGCAGGUGUUGUGAGGAAUGGCUUUAUGUGUAGGUACGCAGUGUUUCAUAUUUGUUUUACCAGUGCCCUUUUUUGUUAAAGAUCUCAACUUUGUCUGUCUGUACAAAUAUUAUCUGUUUUUUGGAUCAACAGAUUGUUUCGCCUAACAUGUCUCUUUUUUCUUGAAUUUCUCGUUUAAUUGCGUCAGGGUAUUCUAUAGCAUGUUCUGUUCUACAGGACCAUUUUUCACAGGGGGUUUCAAUACACAUUUGUAAUAAUUUUUCCCAUAAUGCCAUACGGUCGCUUUUGUUCUAGUUCAAUGAUGUAGCAGUAGUAGUUAAAAAGAGUGAGAACAUCCAGCAGCCUGGGCGAUGUUGCUCGGUUGCUGUACGAAUUUUACUAGUUUGUCCAGUCUUUU